AUGAAAAGAUUGUUUUUCCUCAUAAAUAUAUAUAUCACUAUUGGAUUAUUGAUUUGUAAGGACGAAUAAGGUUUAACCUUGCAACUUGACAAGUCCAUCACAAUCCCCAAUUAUAAUUGCACCCUCAACGUAAGUAAUGAAAAACUAAUCAAUCUGACAUCCUUGGGAGGGUAACUUUAAAUUACAGGAACUGAAUUGCUUUUGAAUUAGAACAUUCUAUUACAAGGUUUCCGACAAGUUGAAUUUCAGAAUAUCACUAUUGAUACCCAAACUAAAGUGCUUUCAAUAUCAACACAAGUCCUUCUGAAGAAUGUUACACUCCUAAGAAAUUGUUAGAUCAACGCCACCAAAGUAUUGAUUCAACAGACUAUCAUGACCAAGAUGACCUUCCAAUAUUAUCCGGUUUUUGAUUCCCCUAUCGAUGUAGAUGGACUGAUUAUAUCUGACUCAACUUUUUUUAGAAGUUCCCUUGUCCAAAAACAAAGUAGAAUACGCAAUCUUCAGUUUAACUAAGUCAGUUUCAUCAACUCGACUCUGGCCACACUUGCUUAAUUAAAUAGAAUCACUUUUAAUAACUCAUUUGUGAUUUAAAGUAUUUUGAUUGCUACAGAUAUUUCACAAGAAAUUACAAUUCAAAAUUCCUACUUCACUCUUUCCACAGUCUUACAAGCCAAUGGCACACUUUAUACUACAAUUAUUAAUGUAACACUUUCCCAAAGCACUUUGAUGAAGAUGCAAGGCCAGAAUCAAAUUUAAAUUUCUGGCAAUCGAUUUCAUUCUAUCAUAUCAGAAUCUCCACUCAUUGUGGCAGAGAGUAAAUAUAUAUCAAUCCUAAAUACGACGAUGGUGAACAUUCAAUCAGAGGUAAUCCUGUAUUUAAACUCACAAAAUAUCUUGAUCAAACAGUUUAAUUUGAAUGAUAUUUAAGGAAGUUUAAUGUAGAAUACACAUAAUUCCAGUAAUGUCAUAAUUAAUCAAGUCACACUCUAAUCUAGUCAAUCAGUUAACCCAUUGUUUUCUGUGAAUGGCACUCUCUCAAUUUAUAAAGGGAGUUUCGAUUCUAUUUUCGGUACAAUAUCAAAUAAGAAUUUAAUUCAAGAACUCCUAAUUGAUUAGGUCAACUUCACUCGCAUAUCUGAUUCGCUUUUAUUUGACCUAGAAUGGACCUCCUUGAUUCAAAUCACCAAUCUGAUUAUGAGUAAUUGUGCAUCGACCCAAUUUGCAAAGUUCUCUAACAUUGUAAAUGUUGUAAUAAGAAAGUUUAAAAUGGAAGAUUGCGAGGAGUGCAGUUUCCUCCACAUUGAUAACUCAUAAAUUGAACUGAGUCUAAUUAAGAUAUUUUAAAUUAGGAACUACUUGAUUCCAUUCAUUGUAAUCCAAAAAUCCACCUUUAUAAUUAAAUAGAGUCAGAUUUUUAAUGUGAAUUAGAACAACAAAUAACUUCUCAGAUUGGAGGAUAGCAAUAAGGUAAUAUUCAAUGAAUUGUAGCUUUAUGACAUCAAUUGCUAAUUUUGCGAUGGAGUCAUCGUAAUAUAGAAUAGUCUGCACACCGAUAUACAAAAAUGCAUAUUCAGGAAUUCUAUCUCAUAAUUAGGUUACAUGAACAUCGACAACAACACCAAUUUAGUAGCUUCUGAUAAUUAGUUCACCAAUAUCACUAGUUCCUAUGGAUCUGCAUUUGCCGUUACGAAUUCGUCAAUCAAAAUCUACUAAAACAAAUUUAUUGAUUUAACUGCAACUGAAGGUGGAGUCAUUUAUUUGAAUCAAACAGGAGAUUCAACUCAUUAUAUUGAAUUCAAUCAAUAUGAAAAUUGUACUAUGAAAACCAGCAAGCAUAUUUAUCUAAUCACAACCUAAAUUGUUGAGCCAGAUGUUUUGAUCUACAACACUGGGCCAGUUUACGUUAUUGUGGAUAAGACAACCUAUUUGCUAGACGAUUUGAUCAAAAAGAACGCAAUAAUCGAGUAUGAUAAAAUAAAGAGUGGACAGAUGUUUGAAUUCAUCAUAGCUCUUUUAGAUAGUGGGAUGAAUAGACUGUGCAAAUUGACUAAUUAUUUGAGAAUCGACCAGAUGGUGUUUCGAUUGGACUUGCAGAAGUGCCAAUAUGCAAUAUCGUAUACUCAAUACUAAAAUCUGCCAAUGAAUGAAACCAUAGAGGUGCAUAUGGAGUUCCCCUAACUUGAAUUCUAUAAUGAUACCUUCAAAUUAUCACUAUACUUAGGUAUGAUGGAAUGUGGGAUUGGAGAAGAGUGGACCAAUUAAACCUGCUAAUAGUGUCCUGUUGGAUCAUACAGUCUGACAAAUUAUAGAUAAUGUAUGCAAUGCGUAACUUCAAUUGAAUCAUGUCCUGGAGGGUCAUAGUUGAUUGUUAAGCAAGGUUAUUGGAGACCAAACAAUUUGACUGAUGAAAUUGAAUAUUGUGGAACUUCCCAGUCCUAAUGCUUGGGAGGAGCAGAGGAUUUCACUUGCUCCUAAGGUUACGUUGGAGCAUUAUGCAGUGAUUGUGAUUAUUACGCUGUAAAAUGGAAUGCUUCAUACACACAGAAUUACAGUGGAAGUUGUUCCUUGUGUUAAAACGAUGCAUUUAACUUAUUAAAGAUACUUCUAUCAUUCUUGUGGAUAUUAGUUGUGUUGUUUAUAUCAGUCAGAGGAAGUUUGAAGUUGGUGCGAUCCCAAUUAUCAGCCUAUUAUCUACGGAUGAUGGGUAUAUUCUUUGCGAGCAAAUCUACCAUGGUAAUAGAUUAGACUGAGAUCCUGAUUAAAUUGGUUUCUAGUUACUUUCAAUUGAUUUCGAUAAUUUUAAUAGUUGAAUUUGAGUUCCCUACUCCAAUAGUGUUUUUUGCUUAGGUGAUAGGGAAUCCACUGUCCACAUUAGGAUUCUCCAUUGAGUGUUUUCUAUUGCAUUCUCACAUAGAUAUUGAAAUAGUAUAUUUGAGGCAGUUUUGGAAUUUGUUUGUUUCAUUACUGUUCGUUUUUUCGUUUGUAUUGAUCUACUCAAUAUUGCAACUGUGCAAGAAACAGCAACUAGAGAACUCAACCAAGACUAUUUUCAUCACUUGUGUCAUCCAAGUGAACUUUUACUUUUAAGGGGACAUCAUCGAAGGACUGUUGAAAUUGAUGUUCUGCAUCAAAGCCUCAGGCCAAUACUACAUUCAGGCAGCCACUUCAUACAUUUGCUAUACUGAGGAGUAUUACUUCUACUUGGAAAUAUUUAUAAUCCCUACCUUGAUGAUAGUGGGCGUAAUAUCUCCCAUCUUUUACAUAGUGAAGUUGUGUCUGAACAAGAACAAGUUGUGGACUUGCAAACUGCGAAUGCCCUAUGGUUAUUUAUAUGUGGAAUAUAAGGAUAGAUACUAUUAUUGGGAGUUCAUCUGUUUUUUUGUGAAGUCGAUCUUCUAUCUUCUGGAGACUCUGUUGAUUUAGGACAUCAAACAGAUGUUUCUGUUUGCAAUAUUGGUUUUAUUGAUAUACUUAGAGUUAUUGAACCAACACCAACCUUACAUCGAGAAACAAUACAACUUCAUCGACAAGAUAUCCACUCAAUUAGCCAUCAUCACCUUGAUUGGUACCUAUAGUCAGCACAAGAACCCCUACAGUUGGUUGGUGUAUAUGUUGUCGAUAUCCUGUUCGAGUCUUAACAUCCUGUAUUGUUCCUACAUAGCCACGAAGAUCAUCAAGGAGUACUUGUCUGGGUUGUAACAGUAACACAUAGAGAAGAUAGUGAAUUUAAUCAUACGAUACCCUUGCAUCAAGCAUUGCAUCAAGAAACCCAAGAAUUAUAAUGCCAAACGAAAGGCGUUGUUACUGUGGAAGAAGGCCAGGAUUUACGUUAUGGAGUUCAUUGGAAAAUUGAAGUUACAAAAAUCGAAUCUGAAUCUGAGUUCCCAAUAAUUAGUCAACUCCAAUAGACCCAAUACCUCAUCCACUAAUACUACCAUCAGUUUAUUGAAUUCGAUUGCCCCUCAGUUACUCAAAUAUAUGUAUAUCCAUAGAUUAUAUAGUAGCAAAUUCGACCGAAACAAGAUCAAUUAGAGAGUGAUCGAGUAGAAUGA